UCUAACUUCCAGCUUCCAUUCACUCUUUAGAGACAGACAAACGGCCAGACAGCCAGCCAGACAGCCAGACAGAGAGAGAGAGAGACAGACAAACAGCCAGCCAUCCAGCGAGUGAGAGAGAGAGAGAGAGAGAGAGAGAGAGAGAGAGAGAGAGAGAGAGAGAGAGAGAGAGAGAGAGAGAGAGAGAGAGAGAGAGAGAGAGAGAGAAAGAGAGAGAGAGAGAGAGAGAGAGACAUCGAGCGACGAUGGGGUUUGUCUGUGGGCUGUUUCUCCUGCUCACUCUGCCUGCGCUGGCUCUGACUGAAGUGGUUGCAUCUUUCUCAGUGUGUCCUGAUUUUUUUUGGAAAGAUCAAAAUGGAAAACCUGUCACUCCAACGAUAUUUACAGAAGUGAACCCACAGAGCGGUCAUGAUCGUUACCAGAAGAUCUGUCAGAGAUACAACAACCUCUAUCAGUUUGCGACUCUUUAUGACACAACUCACAUGAUCCCUGUGUACUCGGCAUAUAAAUUCAGAGGCAUUCAGAGGUGCAGCAGAAAGAGCGACUGGCUUAUUGAACCCAAGCUUGACGACAACAACGGCGGUCCUGACAUGAAAAAUGAAAACAAUGUCCAAAACUUGGGUCAGAAUCAAGCCAUCAACAGUGAUUAUGUUAAAUCUCCAUAUGACAAGGGCCACCUGUACCCCGUGUCCCAGGCAGACAAUCAGUGCACAGCGUACUCCACCUUCACCCUGACCAACGCGGCUCCACAGCACUGGCACUUCAACAGGGGGGUGUGGAAUCAAAUGGAGAGGGCUGUUCUCAACUACAUGAAUACAAAUUGCCAACUAGAUACUAAUAAGAUUGCGUACAUCGUGACAGGAAUAGUGCCGAGCAAUCCUAGCAGUCUAAUGAACAAAAGGGUGAACAUACCAGCGUAUUUCUGGAAUGCCUUUUGCUGCUUUGACAACAUUUCUAAAAAGUGGGUGUCGAAGGCUCACCUAGGUCCGAACGACAUCAGCGGAACACUCUGGGAACUGAGUCUGACUAAUCUGGAAACCAACCUGGCCCAAGAUUAUGGUAAGGCGUUCUCUGUAUUCGGAGGACACUGCCAAAGUGAUAUUAACAAUCCUAUCUAUCCUAAACCAUGAAUUCACACUAAAGAAACCAAAUAAAUCUCCUUCAAUAUGAAAGCAAUGGAAUUAGUCAACUGUUCUUUGAAGAGAGUAAUCAGAUUGGCUUUGAUUGCCAUUGUUUGCUAACGCUGCUUAACGCAUUUUUAAAAAAUCACUAAAUUCCAAAUUCCCGACUAAUUUCCUGUUCCUAUUCAGAGGCACUUGUCAAGUUCUCCUUAACUUGACUAUAUUUUGUUGUGUGUUCGGGGGGGGGGGGCAUAGAGCCGUAUUCAUAAAAUGUUUAUAUUCAAACAGGAGAAACAAACUCCUGAUAUUUACAAAAUCUAAUUGAAAUCAUCAAAUCGUUGGAAACCAUUAAGUAUGUCUUGAAUUACCAACCUGAAAAGAUGUAUGUGUGAUACUUUUCAAAUUCUUUGUGUGUUUUUUGUAAUUAUGAAAUUUAGGCCUGCAUCACCCAUAUGGAAGAAACACAGAUGUUCAAUAUAUGUCCAAUAUAUUAUUUUACAUAUAUGAUAAUAUAUUAGACGUAUGUGUUCUUUCCGUAAUCAAAACUUUGACCUAAUCGCAAGCGUAGUUCUGAUGGUGGCUGUUUGGCUGCUCAGAGGGCUAUUAUUGCUGCUUCUACCCCAGAGGGAACCUGCCAUCGACACUGGCUUUGUCAUUUGAGAUUAGAGGAGUCAAAGCUUUGAUAUGGUUCAGGCCUUAGACUUUUUUAUUUUUUCCAAGCUUUGUCAAGAAUUUCUAAUAAUGUACUGUGUGCACUAGAACUACUUAAUAUCACACAGAGCUAUACUACGGUACCUCCUUUCAACCCCAAACGUAUCAGCUGUGUUCCAUCUUCUAAUUACCAUCCUGGCUGUAAUGGUUUCUGGACAUGGGAUAUCUGAGUGUCUGUGCCCAUCUUUUCCCUGACAGCCUUAGAAGAGGAACUAAAGAUGUUAUUUUUUUAUUGUGUUAAAUGUCCACUGCUCUCCAAGAUGGCUGCACAUGUAACAGUCAGAACAGUACACACACCUUACUUAAGCAUUUGUACCAACAAAUGGGAACAGGCAACACACACCCCCUUUUUAAGCACCCUUUAUUCAAUGUCUCCUGUAUUCUUUUCUGUCACUACAAAGUUGUUAAUGAGAACUAAUUCUGUGAAAUUCCUGAGCUUUAUUCCUCAACUAUUAAAAAUGAACCUG